AUGAACCCACAAGCUGGCAUCGCUGAAGAUGGGCAACGGCCAGUCGUGAAAUCCACGGCUAUCACGGAAGAACGCAAUCACCGCAACCUCAUCAGCUUCAAGGUGACCCAUAUUCUUCUUACUGCUCUCUUCCUCUGGUUGACGACCGUCCAUGUCAUUGGCAUCCUCUUUUUCGCCAAAGGGUUUCUCCUUACUCGACUUGUGUUGGACAAUAGGUCGGAAUGUGGUGUGCUUCCAGAUGGGGAGCUCUCCCAAGUGUCGGACGGAUGCUGGCAUCCCAAGACUUUCGACCGAGCUGUGGUUUUAAUAAUUGAUGCUUUACGAUACGACUUUACCAUUCCUUCUCAUCGUGGCUUGAAGGAGCCGCAACAAAAGUACUACCUCGACAACCUUCCUCUACUACACGAGCUUGCCGUCUCGCGCCCGGCCCACGCGGUGCUGCUCCCGUUUAUUGCCGACCCGCCCACCAGUACGUUGCAACGAUUAAAAGGGUUGACAACCGGCACCCUCCCUACCUUCAUCGACAUUGGUUCAAAUUUUGCGGGUACGGCUAUUGAAGAAGACAACAUUGUGUCCCAAUUGAAAGAUGCUGGGAAAACGAUUGUACAUCUUGGGGACGAUACAUGGCAUUCGCUAUUUCCUGGCUAUUUCGACCCCAACAUGACACGGCCAUACGACUCUUUCAACGUCUGGGACUUGCACACGGUCGACAAUGGAGUCAUCGAACAUAUCAUGCCAUUACUUGACCAAUCUGCCGCACAAUGGGACGUGAUCUUUGGACAUUUCCUCGGGGUUGAUCACGCGGGUCAUCGGUAUGGGCCAGAUCACCCGGCUAUGGCAGAAAAGUUACGACAAAUAAAUGAUGUUUUGCAACAAAUAAUUGAAAAGAUUGAUGACGAUACGCUCCUUGUUGUGAUGGGUGACCACGGAAUGGACACCAAGGGUGACCAUGGUGGCGAGUCGGAUGAGGAGGUUGAAGCCGCUCUGUGGAUGUACUCCAAAAAGCCCACCUUUGGCCGGACAGAAACGAGCGCCUUGAUGCCUCCUGCAACUGCGAAAGAACGUCCUGUUGGUCAAAUAGACCUGGUAUCAACCCUGUCAAUCCUGCUGGGACUACCGAUACCUUUCAACAAUCUCGGCAAACCGAUUGCGGAAGCUUUCACAGGUCCGAAAAACACUGACUGGAAGAAUCUCGUGAAGGUUGAACAUCUUGCACAAAGUCAGAUUGCAAGGUAUCAGAAGCAGUAUUCUCGCUCUCGGGAUCUCGGCCUCGAUGAUGAUGCAUAUAGCGGCCAGCGCAUAUAUCUUGCCCGUUCGGCUGAGUUCGCAGCGGAAGGGAGAUGGAAGGACGCUCACUAUGCGUACGUUGAAUGGCAUAAAGAAGUUAUAUCCAUGUACCGAAGAUUGUGGGCCAACUUCAACAUGGGCGACAUGCUUGUUGGAAUCACAAUCUCAGCCCUUGCGCUUGGAUUAUUACUCGUCUUCUCUCGCUUCUCGACGGCGGACAAAGCCAGCUCCGCACCGAGUCUUCUGAGGAGCGCGGUCAUCGGGACAGCUGUGGGAGCAGCCAUCGGCCCAGGACUUGGACUUGUUGCACCAUCUCUCUUUUCUGUCAUGACGGGAUGUAUCGUCAGCUCCAGCAUUUGCGGGAUCAUGGCCGCCAUGUACUGGACUAUCCGCAACCGAACCGGCGCACGGUCAUAUCUUCCUUCCUUCUGGGGGUGGAUGGCGUUGUCAUUUUGCUUGACGCAGUCGGCAGGCUUUGCGUCCAACUCAUACACUAUCCACGAAGACACGAUUCUUCUAUUUUUCCUGGUCACUUUCGGCAUCAUCUCGUUGAUUUCAUCACUCAGACAAGCAACCACAACCGAUCGCGUGCUUGGCACCUAUCAAUCGAUUCUGUUCAUUCUUCUGACUCGGCUCUCGUCAUUUUCACGGUUGUGCCGCGAGGAACAAAUGCCAGGAUGCCGCUCCACCUUCUAUGCUUCAUCCAAUUCAUCCACGUCUGCGCCAUGGCAGCUGCUGAUACCAUACGCCGUGGCCCUUUUCCUCCCCGAAAUUGUCAAAGCAUUCUAUCGCGGUACUGCUUCAUAUGCGGCCUCGGCAGGGUUCUGGAUUGGGUUCAGCUUCCGUAUCGGCUUACUGCUUGUGGCGGCUUACUGGACAAUCGAUGCGGCGGACAAUGGGGGAUGGCUCGCCGACCGGAUAUCAGCAACCGCCCUCAAGACCACCAAUCUCACAGUAGCGAGAUGCGCGCUCGCAAUUGCGCUCCCCGUGGGGAUUGGAACUUUUGUAUGGGCGAAGCCCUGCAUCAACAUUUCAGUCAGUGAGCCGAGGCCUGUAUUGGACAAUCCCGGGGCACCUCCUCGACCACAGUUAACCAUCUUUGGAUACGCCAAUGUCUACGGAAGUCGUUACUUGCUGAUGAUUCCAUUGCUGGUUUUGACGGUUGCGCUGCUUCUGCCGCCGAUGGGUCAAUUUUCGAUCGCAAUCUGCACGUGGCAAAUCAUGUGUCUCCUCGAAAUCCUCGAUACCAACGCGUUGACGGUGUCAUCCAGAUACAAGUCGAGCAUUGGACCGAUUGUGCUGGCCCUGCUUGGGUCAUACCAUUUCUUCAAGACGGGACAUCAAGCCACGUUGGCGUCGAUUCAAUGGAACUCGGCGUUUGUGCCAUUGCGUACCAUCCAAUAUCCCUGGUCGCCACUGCUGGUGGUGUUCAACACCUUCGGCGCACAGAUCAUCUGUGCCGCAGCAGUUCCCUUGACGGUUCUCUGGAAACGCCCGACUGGCAAGGCUGGACUACGAGGGUUGUGGAACGAUGUGUCGGGUGCGUGUCUGACACAUAUGCUCUACUAUGCAACGAUACAACUGGCAACGACCAUGUGGGCGGGACAUCUACGACGACAUUUGAUGCUGUACAGAGUGUUUAUGCCACGGUAUCUGAUGGCGUGCGCGGUGCUCCUCAUUGUAGACUUGGUGCUUGUUGUCGCUUCCCUCGCAGGUGUCCGGGCAGUUGGACUCAGUGUCGGCGAGGUCUUCGGAUACUAG